AUGGCCAUGGACCACAAGCCCCUCCUUGGGAUCUCUGCACCUGACCGCCAGACGCCCAACAUCUUGUCUGCGUGGAUGUUGAGCUGGACGGUAUUUUUAUCCGCCUAUGACUAUGUCCUGGAGCACCGGCCAGGAAAGAACAUGGGGCAUGCCGACGCCCUCAAUCACUGUCCCCUGCCAGAACUGGACAAUGACCCUGCACCGGCUUUCGAGGUGAUGGCCCUUGAAGAACUGGCCAAACCUCCAGUGCACGCGUCGGACAUUGCGACCACCUCUGCCCGGGACCCCACCAUCACCAGGGUUCUUAACUGGCUACGGGACCAAGUAUUAGAGACUCUGCACGAAUGCCACCCCGGCAUUGUGCGCAUGAAGGGGCUGGCCAGAGGGUAUUUCUGGUGGCUGAAAAUUGACGCAUACAUAGAGUCCUGGAUGCACUCAACCUACUACCUGCAGGGGCUGCACCUCUAUAUCCCCAACAUUUUUCAACACAGCAAUUCUAACAACAGCGCUCUCUCAGCAUCUGAAGGCAAUAGCUACAUGUUCCCAGAUGCCUGGCUCCUUCUAACCAAUGUGGUAUUUCUACUGAUCCUGGUCCCACUGAAAGACCGUGUCAUAGACCCAUUCCUGGCAAAGAGGAAGCUGUUGCCUUCACCACUAAAGAGGAUGGCUGUGGGUAGGAUCUUUGGCUUUGCCUCAGUCAUUGCAGCAGGUGUUCUUGAGACUAAGAGGCUAAAAUAUGUGCACAACAAUGAUACCAUCUCCCAGCAAAUUGGGAAGGAUGAUUAUAUUGCCGCGUCCCUCCCCAUCUGGUGGCAAAUCCCCUAGUACCUGCUUAUUGGCAUCAGCGAGAUCUUUGCUAGCAUCCCAGGGCUGGAGUUUGCCUACUCCGAAGCUCCCAAAUCCAUGCAAGGAGCCAUCAUGGGUCUCUCCUACUUCAUUUCUGGUGUGGGAUACCUUUUAGGAUCUGGCCUCCUGACUCUUCUCUCCCUGCCAGCCAAUGGUUGGAUGAACUGCCCAGAGGACACGCUGAACAUCAACAAGUGUCAGAUGGAUAAUUAUUCCUUCCUACUUGCGGCGAUCCAAGCAGUAACUUGUGUCCUCGUUGUCUGGCUCUCUAUCCGUUAUGAGCAUCAACAGCGGCCCAACUCCUGCCUUCUCUGCAUUGGACAGGAGGAGAACUAA